CAGCCAUCCCCAAAAGUUAUUUGUUUGCCUCUCAUCAGUUGGGGUUCGCCGAUAGCCUUCUUUCCCACUCUCACCUUCUAUCUGGCACCAACAACAUAACCUACUCUUCUAACACUUCGCCAUGCUUUAUGACAGUUCUUCGGUUGCCUCCCCGGCUUCGCAGGAUUCCGCGCCCAUGGAUGAAUCCGAUUCCGAUGACGACGUUUUCCAGACGACCAACGCCAACGGAAAAGUAGACGACGAUGACGAUAACAAGUAUCCCGUUGAUGGACUCUAUGCGAGCGAAACAGAGAAGGAGGAGAUUUUAGCCAUGCCUGAGCUCGACCGAGAACAAUUGCUUUCCCAGCGCCAGGAGCAUGUCGACCGCCAGCGGCAAAACACGCUGCUACGUCAGCUACUAUUGAAGACGAGAGAGGAUGAUAGCCAGUCAGACAAGAAGCGCAAAGCGGGUUCCGCCGACCUAGAUGACCCUCAGCGGAAGACCUCACGGCAGAGAACGAGAGUCGGUGGAUCAAAGGUGGGCGAAACGAGCGCGGGAAUCGAGUCCCUCCGCCGUGCCCGAGCCGAGAAGAGCGAUCGGCUGCGCCGUAGAGAGGAGGAUCGGGAACGUAACAAGAAGUCGUAUUCCGCCUCGCGCGAUAGUCCCGACCAUGACAUCGAUGGCGACAGCGACGGUGGCUGGGCGGGCGCAUCUAGAGACAGACAUUCCAAGUCGCGAACCCCGGAAGUUAAGGAGAUUCCAUUUGCCGACUUGCGUGACGUUGAGCGAAUCCGACUAGGUCGCACCCGGUUUGCCCAAGUCUGUUUCUUUCCUGGAUUUGACGAAGCCAUUACCGGUUGUUACGUUCGUGUUUCGCUUGGUCCGGGUCCCGAUGGCGUGGCUGUCUAUCGGAUGGCCGUAAUUAAAGGCUUCACGAAAGGCAAACCGUAUGCUAUGAAUAAGCCAAACGGUCAACCUUUUGUCACCGAUCAAUACAUCAAGGCCGCCCACGGCAAAUCCGAGAGGGAUUGGCCAUUCAUCAUUUGCUCCGAUUCCCCAUUCACCGAUGCCGAGUUCAACCGCUACAGAAAGGUCUGCCAGGAAGAAGGCGUCGUUUUUCCCAGAAGACCAACAUUAGAUGCUAAGAUUAACGACAUUAAUGCCCUCAUAAACCAUACCUGGACUAACACUGAGGUCAAUGCCAAGAUUGAACGAGAGCGAGCUCUUCUCAGUAAAUUCCAACCCACGGAGCGGAAUCGGCUAGUGAAAUUAAUUGAUGAGGCUAAAGAACGUGGAGAUGAUGCGCGAGUUUCGGAGCUGCAAGACCAGCUAGACUCCCUUGAGACUCCGCGCUUGGCGUUUAAGACAAGCUUGACGCCAUCUUCCAAGUCUACAAACUCGGCUCCCUCGCAGCAGGAGCGCUUAGCUGCCUUGAAUGCCGAGAAUCGCCGGCGCAACGUGGAAGCAGUGCGCAAGGCACAAAUGAGCGAGAAGGCGAAAGCGCGCCAGAUCGAGGCCCGCAUUGCACGAGGAGAAGACGUUGACGGAGACACCUCGCGCCGUCUCAAAACCAAGCCCAAGUUCAUGCAGGAUAUCAACGAGUCCGGCGAGCAAAAGUCGACGCCUACCAAUGGCAGCGGUGCAUCUACGCCGGCCAACGGAACGCCGAAGCAGACUGCCACUACGAAGUCGGUGGUGCUACCUCAUCUACAGAAGCUCCAGGUACAAAACCACCAGACAGGCAAGGAUAAGAAGGGGAUGCCGCAGAUCCAUAAGCCAAUCGUAGAUGAUGAUAUCAUCGCAUCUCUGGAUCUUGAUAUCGAGGUUGAUAUCGACUAGACGGCUGAAGGGACGUAACGAGGUGUAAAUUACUCUGGCACAUAUGCAAUUUGUGCUUCGGUCUAAUUCUUAUACCACACAUGGACCGAGGAAUAGGGCAUUGAACCUGCAUUACGAGAGCUGCGCUAUCGCGAGCUCGUUCACUUAG